CACAAGGAGCUGCUCAACGCCUACCCCCACUUUCACUUCCUCCAUCGCGGACAGCCGUCCUGGACGACCGGCUGUAGAUUGCAGCCGCCGCUGCUCCAGAAAUUGCCUACCCGCACACCCUUGUCGGCCAGGCGUCGUUCGGCGACGGCGCAGGCGUGGUCAUCGUCGGCGCUGACGCCGUGGAACCCGUCGAACGCCCGCUCUUCGAGAUGGUAUCCGCUUCGCAGACCGUGGUUCCAGGCACCGACCAUGUCCUCACCAUGCGGCUCACGGAAGGCGGCCUCGACGGGCACCUCCUCACCAGGGAGCUGAUACCCAUAGCGGCUGAAAACAUCGAGCUGUGUCUAUCGGGCGCGUUCGGGCAGCUUGGGGUUGGCGUUGAAUGGAACGACCUCUUCUGGGCGGUUCACCCCGGCAUGCGUGCAAUCCUGGACCACAUCGAUAGUGCUCUGGCGUUGGAACCAGGGAAGUUGGCAGCGAGCAGGACUGUGCUAAGAGAGUACGGCAACAUGCUUGGCGCCACGGUGAUCUUUGUGCUCAAUGAGCAACGGCGCCGAAUGGAGGAGGACGGAGAAGGGGGCGAGUGGGGUGUCAUGAUGGGAUUUGGACCGGGGUUCACUAUUGAGACCAUGGUGCUGCAUGCUACCAGGAACCUCAAGGAAAAUUAACGCUUGUUUCAAAUAUACAAAGCUACUCCUUUCAAACUUAGUUUGAAAAUUAAGAAAUAAGGUACUACAGUUAAUC